UUUUUUUUUGACAUUAAUUAAAUGGUUUUGAAAGGUUUCUGAAAGAGGUAGCAACAAUAAAAGUCUUAAAGAACAAUCCAAAGUGGUGGCCAUGUAAUUACACCUCAAGUACCCCGCAUUGAACGUGAAAAACCCAAAACGUUUAACUCAUGCUUCCAAUCUAACAGUUUAUAAUAUAAAAAUUUAUCAAAAUGUACGGAUGGGACUCAAUGAUGAAAGUAUUCUUCUUAUUUCAGUAACGCUGACAACCGCUGACAUAACAAUGUAUGGGUUUGGUAACACAAACAGUGAUGAUUGUGAAAACGCGACCACGGCGGAAAUAAAGUCGUCAUCAAUAAAAAAAGCGACGGCAAAAACAGUGACGGUAAAUAUUACAAUGGAACGCAGCACUGCGACCAAAACACCUACAAUUUCAAUUAGCACGACAAUAUUAGAAAUUACGAUCUCUGAAACGAUACCAAUCGCCAGAAGUAAGAAGAAGAAAGUGUCCAAGGCCGUAUUCCCCACCAUGUCUGAUUUACCCAGUUCCACUGUCAUUAAACCAAUAAUCACAACAACGCACAAAACUUCAACCGCUGUACGUGAUAGCAAUCCCGUCGCUGUUAGUCGCAACUCAGACGUGGGGUUGUAUAAAAUACAUGAUGACAGUAAUAACAUUUGCUUUUGGUUUGAAGCAGCGGUUACCUUAAUCAUAAAGUACCAAGAUAAAGACCAAAAUUUUCAUGAAGCGAUGUUUAAUCUUCCGGCAGCCGGUGCUGAUAUAAAUGGCACGUGCUUUUAUGACAAACAAAAAGAAGCAACUAUAAUCAUUAACUGGAACAGUCUUUAUAAAAUCGAAUUUGGAGUGAGACAGGAUUUGAAAGAUUGGUAUAUUGAGUAUAUUUCUGUAAAAAUUAAAACAAAAGACAAAUCAGUUUUUCGUAAUCCAAAAAAAGGUGAACUUCAGGCCACAGCACGUAAUGCAUGGUUACUUCGCACGCCAUUAAAUCACUCCUAUCUUUGCGAGGAAGAAAUGGCAGUAAAUAUUGGUGACAUAAAAAUCGUCAUACAAGGUGUCAAAAUGCAACCAUUUCAUGUCAAAGAUAGCAAGCUUGAAGCAGCACACGUUUGUUCCUCCACAAAAAACAAUCGUUCAUCCGUGAUGCUCUCCGCCAUUGUUUGUAUUAGUUCAGGUUUCGUUCUUGCGACGUUCCUUACCAUCGCUACAUUAUGUUAUUUCGUCAAGCGGAAAAGGACACACAGAGUGUACAAAAUGAUCACGUGACUUUGUGGUAACGUUGAAAGGUGCACCGGAAUUGAGCGAAAAUCGGAAAGUUCUUCUUGUUUUAGGGAUUGGUAAACGUCAAAUGGUAAACCUGAAGGCGUCGAGACUGAGGUUUAUUUAUAGAUAGUCGUAUUUCAAAUUUUUCUGUAACAAUGUUUUAAUUAAAAGACAAUGAAAACACUAAAGCUUUUUUUCCCUGA